AUGUUUCUGUUAUCUAAACCUGAAACCAGGCAGAUCACUCUGAACCCAUCAUUGUCAUAUUAUCCCAGGGCCACACUGACAGCAGAAACAAUCAUACCAGUAGGGGGCAGUGUGACACUGACCUGCUCUGUGCAGAGCUCUGAUGGAUGGAAAUAUGAGUGGUUCAGACGAACCCAAAGAACCUCUGAAGUUCAAAUCAGAGAUCAACAAAACAGAGAUAUCAGAGUAUCUCAAGGAGGAAUCUACCACUGCAGAGGAACAAGAGGAAACCCAGUUUACUACACUGGUAAAAGUGAUGAUGUCACCAUUGAGAAAACCAUUUCCAAUAAAGUUGUUGUAAAACAACAACCCAACUGGCCUCAGAUAUUCAGAGGUGAGACGAUCACUCUGACAUGUGAGGUGCAGGAAGGAGGUGAAACCACUGAGUGGGAGUAUGAAUGGAGAGGACCCAGGACACCCACACAGUGGACACACAAUAAUGAUGUGACAUUCAGAGUUUCUGAGUCCAGCAGUGGAGACUACAUGUGUAAGAGUCGACGCAGAGAUGACUCAUAUUCUUCAACAGAGUGGAGUGAAGCCUUCACAUUGUCAGCAUCAACUGGUAUAGAGACGCCAAUGCUGACCUGCUGCUCCAUCACCUGAGGACAACAAUG